AUGCUGCAACAUACAUUGGUACAAUUAUUGCAUUUACGCCGCACACGUUCCAAUAUAGCCAUUUUAGGAAUCGGCUCAUCAAAGGCUGGCCACACCAAGGGAUGUGUGACAAUUACACUAGUGUCACAACAUUCAGACCAGUCACUCACGCUGCAGGUUCAUAUCCUAGGUGGAUUAACGGCUCAAUUACCAGCUACCUUAAUAGUAGAUGCCGAUGUGGCUCAAUUCUCGGAUCUUACGCUCGCCGAUCCAGCCUUUGCCUCUCCAGGCCCAAUUGAUGUCAUCAUUGGAGCUAACUACUAUGGUCAAGUCAUCACUGGAGAGAUUAUCAGAUGCAAAGCACCUGGAUUGCUCGCAAAAAAUACAAUUUUUGGAUGGAUCAUCCUUGGUCCAGUCCAAGCUAACUUAACAACACCACCUAGGGCUCACCACGCUGUCUCCAAUCAACAUGAUCAGGAUCUCCAGGAUCUAUUAUCCAGAUUCUGGCUUCAAGAGGAGGUCAUGUCCAAUCAUUCGCGCUCGCUAUCACCCGACGAAGAAGCCUGUGAGGCCCACUUCAAGGAUACUCAUUCACGAGACAGCUCUGGCAGAUACAUCGUCAGAUUGCCAUUGAUAUCAUCUCCAAGUCAACUAGGAGAUUCAUAUACUGCAGCACGCCGCUGCUUACAACAUCUCAUGCGUCGUCUCGAUCAUGACACAAGACUCAAGACACUUUACAUGCAAUUCAUGAAGGAGUACCAAGAUCUCAAUCACAUGCAGCCUGCAGUUUUACAAUCAUCAGCAACUCAGUACUUCCUACCUCAUCAUGGGGUACUGAAGGAAGACAACAAUUCAAGCAAGAUCCGUGUGGUUUUCAAUGGCUCAAAACCAACCAGCUCAGGACUCUCACUCAACGACAUCAUGCAUACUGGGCCGAAGUUACAAGUCAACAUCUUUGAUGUGCUUAUCACAUCAAGAAAACAUCGGUUCAUCUUCAUCACAGACGUUACCAAGAUGUAUCGACAGAUACAAGUCCAUGAAGAUGAUCAAGAUCUUCAACAAAUUCUCUGGUUCGACAAACAAGGAAACAUCAUCCCAUUCAGGCUCACCACCGUCACAUACGGCACAAAAGCAGCUCCUUACCUUGCCGUUCGAGCCCUACUCCAGCUCGUAGAAGAUGAAGGACAUCGGUUCCCAUUAGCAAUCACACCACUCACGAAAGGUCGCUAUGUUGAUGACAUCUCCGGCGGCGCAGACGACUUCACAUCACUUCAAGCAGUUGCUGAUGACACUGAACGUCUCUGCACGGCGGGCGGCUUUCCACUCGCAAAAUGGGCAAGCAAUCAUCGCAAAUUACGUCAACUCAAUCGUGCGGAAGCGAUUACACAAUACAAAAUUGAGGAUCCAGAAGUCAGCACCAAGAUUUUGGGGAUGUACUGGUCUUCACACAGAGAUCAAUUUUUAUUUAAGCAUUCACCAUCGUGCACCACUCAACCUUGCACGAAACGUGCAAUAUUAUCAGAGAUUGCUCAAAUAUUCGAUCCACUGGGAUUCCUAUCACCAAUCAUUAUUCAAGCUAAGAUGUUUAUGCAGGAACUCUGGCUUGUGAAACUCGGCUGGGACACUCCACUGUCAGCUGAUCUUUGGCAUAAGUGGAUAUCAUUCAAGAAACAACUCAACAUGAUCAACAUCAUCAAGAUUCCCAGAUGGAUCCACUCGUCCACGACUUCAACUCUAGAAAUCCAUGGAUUCUCCGAUGCAUCGCAAUUGGCGAUGGCGGCAGUAGUAUUCAUCAAGGUCCUACCAGCAGAUCAUUCCCAAGAAGCAAAGGUUACGCUGCUUUGCUCCAAGACCAAGGUGGCACCGUUAAAACAUUUAACUAUUCCACGCUUGGAACUCACCGCUGCUCACAUGUUGGCAAAACUAGUCAAGCAUUGCCAGACAACUCUUGAAUAUACUCAAGUACCGACAUACUUAUGGACCGACUCGUCAAUCACACUCACGUGGAUACACUCACAUCCGUCUCGUUGGAAAGACUUUGUCAGGAAUCGGGUGUCAUUUAUUCAAGAUCUAGUUCCAGAUGGCCACUGGAAGUUUGUCCCUGGCACGGAAAAUCCAGCAGAUUGUGCAACUCGAGGCUUGACAACAGCUCAACUCAAGGAUCAUCGACUAUGGUGGUCUGGCCCACCAUGGCUACUCAGAGAUUCAUCGUCCUGGCCAACCAGCCCAAUUCACCUCGAUGCAGAUGGUCAACUAGAAGAACGUCCAAUCAAGGCAUUCUACGUUUCAGCUCAGCCCUUGGAAUCAACAUGGAAAAUCAUGGAACGCCCAAUCCCGUUGCUGCGCAUGCUCAGAGUCACAGCAAUAUGUUGGAGAGUGCGCGACAUGAUCCAGCGCAAACCAAACUCAACUUUGAUCCAUCCAAUCACGUCUCAAGAAAUCAACCUAGCACUUCAAUUCUGCAUCAAGGAAACUCAGCGAGUUCACUUUCAUUCUGAGCUCCAACUACUCGCAAAACAAGCAUCAUGGCCUAAGGAUCACCCGUUUGCCCGAUUGGUUGCCUUUCAAGACACCGAUGGCAUCAUUCGUGUAGGAGGGAGGCUGGAAAAUGCUCCAGACUCUGAUCAACCAAAAGCACCCUGCAAUUUUACCUCGUGA